CAGCAGUGUCAGCGAGCACUCAACGUCCUCCUCUGGUAAAGUGGUUUACUUGAACUUGAAGGAAGGAAAAAAAAUGUCUCCACUUCUGAAAAGCGUCUUCGAUAUCACCGAAAUUUUCAAUCAGUAUGCCUCCCAUGGUUGUGAAGGUGCAGCACUAAGCAAGAAAGACCUAAAGAAUCUCCUUGAAAGAGAAUUUGGAGAUGUCCUUCGGAGACCACAUGACCCUGAGACGGUAGAUGUGAUCCUGGAACUUCUGGAUCGCGACUGUAACGGGCACGUCGAUUUCAAUGAAUUCCUCCUGCUGGUUUUCAAGGUGGCUCAGGCUUGUUAUUAUGCUCUUGGCCAGGCCGCAGGGCUAGAGGAGGAGGAGAGGAGAGUCCAGGGUGAAAGGAAGGGGAACCUGAUACAAGAUCGUAGGCAAGAAGACCAAAGGAGAUUCGAGUCCCCGGACAGACAGCUGGACGAGGAACCUGCACACCAACGCCGGCAGAGGAGGCAGGUACAGGAGCGGGAGCGCGGGGAGCAAGAGGAGCAAAGGAAGAAGCCAGAGAGGCGAGAGCAGCGCGACUGGCAAAGGCAAGAAAUCGAAGAGCGCCGCGCAGAGGAAGAGCAGCUGCGGAGACGCAAGAGUCGAGACGCCGAGGAGUAUCGAGAAGAAGAACCAAGUCGAGAGAGGCGGGCGCAGCGCGAACGUCCGGAAGAGCAACUGCAAAGGAGAGAGCCAGAAGUGCGACGCGAGCGCGCGCAAGAGAGACAGCUGCAGCAGAGGCGCGAGCAGGAGCUGGUGUCUGAGGAGGAGGCGGAGGCACAGGCCCGGGAGAGGUUGCAGUGGCAGCUGGACAGCGAGGCUGAAGCACGUCAGAGCAAAGUCUACUCCAGGCCUCGCCGACAGGAGGAGCAGAAACGCCGCAGGGAGCAGGAGGAGGAGAGGCGGCCCCGGGAGCGAGAGCUGCAGCGGAGCGAGCUGGAGGAGGAGGAGCAACGCCGCGACCAAGACUUGAGGCUGCAACUAGAGGAAGAAAGUCAGAGGCGCCAGCCCACGCUGACCGCCAAACACGGCCCGCGGGAGCAGCUCAGGGAGGAGGAGCAGCGGGAGGAAGAGCAGCUGCAGAGGGAAAGCAGGCGCCAGCAGCGGGCGAGGCAAUAUCGGGAGGAAGAGCAGCUGCAGCAGGAAGAGGGGCAGCUGCAGAGGGAGAGGCAAUAUCAGGAGGAAGAGGAGGAGGACGAGCAGCAGCGGUUCCGGGGGGCAGAUCAGCGCCGCGAUCUGAAAUGGCAAUGGCAACCAGAAAGAGAAAGGGAAGUGCGUAAUAACAGGGUUUUCUCCAAACGCAGAGAGAACGAAGAGAAGACCCGACGGCUGGACGAUUCUCAGGCGUUGGACAGGCCUUUCCUGCAAGAGGAAGAGGAGGAGAAGAGAGAGCUAGAACGAGAGAGAAGGCGCCGGCUGCAGCGCGACCGGGAAUUCCCUGCCGAAGAGCCGCUGGAGCGAGAGGAGCGAAGAGCGGCGAAAAGGCAAGAUGCGAAGUCCCAAGAGGAGGAGCAGCUACUGAGGGAAGAGAGAGAGACGACCAGGCAAGAGAGAGACCGCAAGUUCCGUGCGGAGGAGGAGCAGCUGCGCCGCCAGGAGCGCGACAGAAAAUUCCGCCAAGGAGAGCUCCGCCAGGAAAGGGAGGAGGAGCAGCUGCGCCGGGAGCGUUCUAGAAAGCUCCGCCGGGAAGAAGAGCUCCGCCAGGAGCGGGAAGAGGAGCAGCUGAGGCAGGAGCGGGAGGAGGAGCAGCUGCGCCGCCAGGAGCGCGACAGAAAAUUCCGCCAAGGAGAGCUCCGCCAGGAACGGGAAGAGGAGCAGCUGAGACAGGAGGAGGAGCAGCUGCGCCGGGAGCGCGCUAGAAAGCUCCGUCGGGAAGAAGAGCUCCGCCAGGAACGGGAGGAGGAGCAGCUGAGACAGGAGGAGGAGCAGCUGAGACAGGAGGAGGAGCAGUUGCGCCGCCAGGAGCGCGACCGAAAGCUCCGCCAGGAAAGGGAGGAGGAGCAGCUGCGCCGUGAGGAACAGCAGCUGCGCGGCCAGGAACGCGAGCAGCAGCUGCGCCGGGACCGCGACAGAAAAUUCCGCGAAGAAGAAGAGCUCCGCCAGGAAAGAGAAGAGGAGCAGCUGCGCCGCCAGGAGCGCGACCGAAGAUUCCGCCGGGAACCUGAGCGCCGCCUGGAGCAGGAGGAGGAGCAGCUGCGCCAGGAGCGCGACCGUAGGUUCCGCCAGGAGCGGGAGGAGGAGCAGCUGCGUCAGGAGCAGGAGGAGGAGCAGCUGCGCAGGGAGCGAGCUGGAAAGCUCCGUCGGGAAGAAGAGCUCCUCCAGGAACGGGAAGAGGAGCAGCUGCGCCAGGAGCGCGACCGUAGGUUCCGCCAGGAGCGGGAGGAGGAGCAGCUGCGUCGGGAGCAGGAGGAGGAGCAGCUGCGCAGGGAGCGAGCUGGAAAGCUCCGUCGGGAAGAAGAGCUCCGCCAGGAACUGGAGGAGGAGCAGCUGAGACAGGAGGAGGAGCAGCAGCAGCUGCGCAGGGAGCGAGCUAGAAAGCUCCGCCGGGAAGAAGAGCUCCGCCAGGAACGGGAGGAGGAGCAGCUGCGCCGGGAGCGUUCUAGAAAGCUCCGUCGGGAAGAGGAGCUCCGCCAGGAACGGGAAGAGGAGCAGCUGAGACAGGAGGAGCAGCAGCUGCGCCGGGAGCGUGCUAGAAAGCUCCGUCGGGAAGAAGAGCUCCGCCAGGAACGGGAGGAGGAGCAGCUGAGACAGGAGGAGGAGCAGCAGCUGCGCCGGGAGCGUGCUAGAAAGCUCCGUCGGGAAGAAGAGCUCCGCCAGGAACGGGAGGAGGAGCAGCUGAGACAGGAGGAGGAGCAGCUGCGCCGGGAGCGUGCUAGAAAGCUCCGUCGGGAAGAAGAGCUCCGCCAGGAACGGGAGGAGGAGCAGCUGAGACAGGAGGAGGAGCAGCAGCUGCGCCGGGAGCGUGCUAGAAAGCUCCGUCGGGAAGAAGAGCUCCGCCAGGAACGGGAGGAGGAGCAGCUGAGACAGGAGGAGGAGCAGCUGCGCCGGGAGCGUGCUAGAAAGCUCCGUCGGGAAGAAGAGCUCCGCCAGGAACGGGAGGAGGAGCAGCUGAGACAGGAGGAGGAGCAGCAGCUGCGCCGGGAGCGUGCUAGAAAGCUCCGUCGGGAAGAAGAGCUCCGCCAGGAACGGGAGGAGGAGCAGCUGAGACAGGAGGAGGAGCAGCAGCUGCGCCGGGAGCGUGCUAGAAAGCUCCGUCGGGAAGAAGAGCUCCGCCAGGAGCGCGACAGAAAAUUCCGGGAGGAAGAAGAGCUCCGCCAGAAACAGGAGGAGGAGCAGCCGCGCCAGGAGCGCGACCGUAGGUUCCGCCGGGAACAAGAGCUCCGCGAGGAAAGGGAGGAGGAGCAGCUGCGCCGCGAGGUACAGCAGCUGCGCCAGGAGCGCGACAGAAAAUUCCGCGAAGAAGAAGAGCUUCGCCAGGAAAGAGAGGAGGAGCAGCUGCGCCGCCAGGAGCGCGACCGGAAAUUCCGCCGGGAACGGGAGGAGGAGCAGCUGCGCCAGGAGCGCGACCGUAGGUUCCGCCAGGAACGGGAGGAAGAGCAGCUGCGCCAGGAGCGGGAGGAGGAGCAGCUGCGCCGCCAGGAGCGCGACCGUCAGUAUCGGGCGGAGGAACAGUUUGCCAGGGAGAAGCGUCGUCAGGUGCCGGAAUUGGGGCAACAAGAGCAGAGACGUCGCCAGGAGCGGGAGAGGAAACUCCGAGAAGAGCAGCUCCGCCGCCAGCAGGAGGAGGAGCAGAGGCGCCGCCAGGUCCGGGAGGGACGCGCCCAGGAGCCAGCCUCGCGCCCGUCCGUCGGCGCUCCCGUGCGCUCCAGCCCCCUCUACGAGUACAUCCAGGAGCAGAGAGCUCAGUACCGCGCCUGAGCGAGGCCGCCGGCAUCCCUGCCAAAGCUUCCAGCCAAAGAGAAUGAGAAACACUGGGUGCCAAGGAAUGGCUCACGUGUUUCCGGUUGUGGGGAAACUCUCUCAUGUUCGAAUGCGCCUUUUCUUCCAAAAUCUCGAGCUAUGCUCAUUUCAUUACUUUGUACUCCUGCCUUUAAUUCUGUCUCAGGUAGUUCUUUACUGCAAGAUGUCUUUGUUCUUGGGUGCAGGUAUGGUGUACAUUUUUAAAAACAUGUCAUUUAAAUUGUUCACAGAGUUUUGUUUGAAGAACACAUUGAUUUGUUGCCUUUUAAAGUAACAAUACAACAAGUUGAGACUCAAAAUAAUUGAGUAUAGUUUUAAUGGCUGAUUACCUCUGAGUGGUUUACAUGUUUUUAAGGUUGAUAUAUUUUUGUUCUUGUGCCUAAAUUUCAUUAGUCUACUGCCAAAUAACUUACUGGGUUUUGAUCUUGAUUUUGGCAUGAUUAAUACACAUUCCACAAGUUGCCUGAAUUUUUGCUACCCUCAAAUAAAUCAGGGAGAGGAACUUUUGGCAGAAAAACUCCCUGUGAAAUCAGCACCUAUAACUAAAAGAAAUAUCUGUUAAGAAUUUAAGUGUAGAAUUUGGAAUUAGAUUGUUUAAAAAAUAUAUAUACUUAAUGCCACUUAAAACCUCAGGAAGCAAAAGCAAUGUGUUGAUCAAACUUCAUAGCUCUAAUUUUGAAACUAUAUCUGCUGUAGUUUGUAGUGCUCAGUUCUGUUCCCCCAAUGAUGAAUUUGAGAGUAUUGCUACUUUUGUUAAUGUUAGCUUAGAGGAAACCUACUCAGGAUCUUGUAAGUUUGUCUUGCUCUAGGGCCAAUAGAUGACAGAGAGCAUGUUGGGAACGGAAAGAGGGAAGUGUGUGAAUAGAGAGGCAAAUUUCUAGAGGCCCUUUGAGAAGACUUAUCCCCAAUCCGUUGAGGCCUGAUACUACCUUGGAGACAUUCUGUUGAAAUAAUUGGACUGUAUAAAAAUUUAAUAAAUGUUUGGCAAAUA